AACGUGGGCGACGGGAACCCCAGCACUUGGGGCAGCGUGAGAAAGAAAGAAAACGCUACUGCGGAAGGAAGCCUGGAGGGGUCUUCAAAUUAUGGCAAGGGACAUUGAAGACUGAGGGGCGCGAUUGUUGUUCAUUGAAGGUCCAGCAUUCGACGAGCUCUAAGCGUGAUUGAUUCGUACGCAUCGGUGAUAGUGAUGCAUUCGAGGCCCUGUAGUUCCGAUUGAUGGACGUACACGAUCGCAGUGAGUAUUCGAGUUUGUCUCUCGUAUUGUCAGCUCAAUUCCUUCUUGAGGAGUGUCGUUGACAAAUGUGGCGUUUCGAGCUUUAGCAAGCUGGACACGUUCAAAACUUGUGGAGUUUUUACAUAUCUCCUCCUAUAUUUAUUUAUCUUCUGAAGCUACACAAGCGUGUGAGGUGAAUUGUCCCCUGCAAAUUCCGUUGGGUGGAGCGUCAUGGCAGGAUCUGUACAAGAAACAUUGCCACCGCAGCAGACCGCUAAGCGCAGUGCAGAAGCUGAUCCUGAGUCUACCCCACUUUCCAAGCGUCCGUCUGAAAGUAUUGAACAAAAUCAACAAGCGCAACCUAUGGAUGCAAGUGCUAAUCUCAAGGACGAUAGAUCUGGGGGUUCUCCAAAACAGCAGCAAACUGCCGAAGAAGGAAAGACUUCUCCAGAGCCUGUGGUACCAUCUAUAGAGAAUGGAAAAUCUGUUGCAGAGCAUCAACCUACCAGUGCUGAGAUGAAUGGCAGAAAGAUUCCUGAACAAGCACCUCCAAGCGAUCAGUCCGGACUGCUAAAUAAAGAAGGAGAAGCGCCAGGUCAUGGAUCAGAUCCAGCAGUAGUUGCUACGCCAGGAGCUACAGAGGCUGCUGCAGAGCAGCCGGAAGCUCAGGAGAAACGAGCCGUAGCAAUGGGAGCACCCAAAACCUUAGCAGAGGAUUCCCCAGCGAAGCAAGGCAACGUUGAGCCUGUGGUGGAGAAUGCAUCGAAAACGAAAUCCCCUGAAACAAGUGUGAAAUCUACGGGUGAAGAAUCGACUCAGUCACAACCGAAAGAUGCUGUGCCGCAAACUUCAGCUCAGCCAACUGAGGAAAAAACUGGGGCAGCCCUAGAAAAGGAAACUCAAGUUCCUACAGCGGAAACUUCGGUCGAGAUUCCUCCCCAACAGCAAGCUCCUGUCCAAGACGUAGCGUUUCCACCGCCUGUGGCAACCCUUACUCCUGCCAACCCAUUGCCUCCGAUAGCAUCGGCUCCGUUGAUAGGAAACAUCCCUCCACAAGCUGUAGAAAGUCUGCAAGCGGCUGCACAUCAAGCUGCCAGUGUACUCCCUUUGCAACCCACACAGGAGCUCCUAGGACAGCAAAUCUCUGUUCGAACUAGCAAUAUAGAUCCCGCUGAUCAAGGUGUAGCACCUAUGGAGGAAUGAGGUGGAAUUCGCGUAUUGCUACAUCAUCGCCGCUAGGAGGUGUUGUGGAGAGGUGGUCAGCAUCCACGGAUUUCUAUGCAAGGAAUUGAGAGCUUUGAGUGCAAUCCCCAAUGUCGUCAUUUUGAAGGAUCUGUGCCAAUGGCUUGGAAUUUGCUAAAUCUUCGAGUCCCAUGAUCUAACUAUUUUGCGCUUAUCCUCAUAGGUUUGAGGAUUGGAAGUUGAACAAUCUCAUGUGAGGUAUUAGCAGUUCUGCUUAGACGGGUUUAAUAGCUAAUUACUUGAAUAUUAAAGUACGGUUUUUGGAAGUAAUCUGGAUGGAUGACUGUGCUUGCAUACAUUUUGUACCGUAGUAGGAAAUUUGAUGUUAUUAGAAGAAAUUUGAAAAUAUAUGACAGUUAUCAGAGACGUUCCAGGAGUUCUUCCAGUAAGAAUCCUCAUGUCACAGAACUUCGAUGCAUUCAAUGCAACCGAGGAAUUGUCCGA